ACACACACACACACAAACCUACCCCUACCCCAAUCCCACCCCCUUCACACUACGAUCAGUUUGACCACAUGCGUGCACAUCGGACCUGGAGUCGUGCAUAUUUACUGGUGGCCUGAGGUUAAACUGAAGAGCGGCUGCUUGUCUUGGAGCCUCCAAGCCCGAAUUGACGAUCUUUACCGAAGCUCUCCGAAUCCGACCACCGCCGAUCUCAAAUGGUCCACAAACCCGACAUUAACCGAAACUCUUCAGCUGUUCCCGAUCUGUCCCCCAUUGAAGUCUGAUUUUGUCGGGGCGAGAUUCAGUGAAAUAAAGAAAGAAAAAUAGAGAGAGGGGCAUUUCCAGAAUCCAUUUCCUGACUGAGCCCCUCCCAGUCCGGAGAUUUUCGGGUUCCGAGGCUUGAGGAAGAGAACAACUAUUCAAGAUGAAAGUAAUCAGCGCCGUGGUGCUCAGCGCCCUGUUCUGCACUGUUGUGUCAGCAACCUUAAAAGUCAAAGAGGAACGCAGGACGGCAUUCUUCGGGGAGGACAUUCACAUCGAUGUCCCGUCGGGGAACGUCGGAGAGGUCGUGUUUAAACCCAGGACCAAUCACUCCGCUGAGGUGGUUCUGAUGCAAGCUGGGAUAGUGUUGUCCCCCCGAGGCCGCCUCAACUCCCUGGGUCACCUGGUGCUGGAGAACGUGCAGGAGGAGGACGAAGGCGUGUAUGUAAUCAAGAACAGCAACAACCCCAACGCCGACAAGCAGCUCGUCCUCAUUGUCAGGGACUGCGCUGUGGAGCAAGUGGUGAAGUAUGGAGAAAGCUACUACAUCCACUUGAACCAAGUUGAUGGCCCCAUCACCCUGGAGUUCAGGCCCAGUCUGGUUCAGGCCAAUCAAACGGAGAUGCAGCAAACUACAGAGCCUCCGCCCAGGGUGGUGUACAAUCAGACGGGGUUGACGGCGGAAGAAUACGUGGGACGCCUCAGUGUGUCGGAGAAACGGGUGACGCUGCACUCGGUCAGGAUGACGGAUGAGGGGAGCUUCACAGUGCUGGACCGUGAGGGUAAAGUCAGGAGGAGGAACUGCCUGAAUGUCAGAGAACACCAGAACUUCAUGCACCUCUCCUACGGAGGAAACCUGAAGAUGAAACUCUACCUGCACCGGUCCAACCUCAACAUCGUCUACAGGCCCAAAUCAGACAAUCAUGACCGGGUCAUCCUGGACCAGGGGGUUCUGGUGACGCCGCUAGACCCUCAGCUGGAGGGCAGGCUGACCGUGGAGGGGUCAGAGCUCAUCAUGAAGAAGGUCCGCGUGGCCGACACGGGUGUCUUCAAGUUGACAGACCUGGCUGGGUUUCCUGUGGCUCAUGUCUACAUAGAGGUGGAGGCCUAUAAACUGCCUCCCCUGACAGUGGCUGUCCUCUCCAUGCUGGGCCUGAUCGCAUUCAUGCUGCUGGUGUGUUUGCUGUCCUGCAUCUAUAAGGUGCACAAGAGGAACGAAAAGAACAAGAAGCUGAUGCUCAUUGCUCAGCAGGCUGGGAAGGGAGAUGGCGAAGCUUUCAGACAGGUGGUCCAUGAGGCGUACACCAGGUUCACUGAGGAGUCUCUGACGCAGUCUGUGUGUGAUAAACCCUCCGAGAGCACAGAGGUCACCAUCAAGGGCCUUGAGGUGUCCAAACCCGGCCGCUACCAGGCUCUUACGUCAGACAACUUUCUGGAGAUGAGCGACUCUGGAGUGGAGUUCACCACCUCUGGUCUCCCUCUAGACAGCGACACUGAAGCUGUGAUGACCUACGCCUCCCACAAACCCCUCCUGAACGCCGUGUCCCCUACAGCCGUGACCGAGGCAGCUAACUCAGACAGCCUGGAGGCCACCGUCGUCCCUGAUCUCAGCGCCAGUCGGACCCCUGACUCCGCCAUGAGCGCCAGCCCCGCCUCCAAUCCUCGCUCACUUGCAGCUACGACCCCCGAUGGCAGCCUGCAUGGCGCCGCGUCGCCGGGAACGGCCUCCAGGGGCACCGUUGGGUCAGAUCCAGCCCAGAUGGAGGGAGGGGCUGAGAAUGGAGAAGCUGAGCAGAAAGAGGAAUCAGCACAGAGCACCUGAGAGGAAACACCAGGGUGGAUUCUUUUUUAGCUCAUCUCUUCUCUUCUUCAUCUUUCUGAACCUUAUCUUAUCAAACACCACCCAGUCCUCCAUCACUGCGUUUGAAACAACACCUGAGACAAAAUAUUCACGCUUGGAUUCGGAUAUCAGUGUAGCCCAGGAGAAAAUAAUAAAAAAGGCAAUUGCACAUAAUGCACAAAGCAAAAUCGAUUGCACUAUGCACUGAAAAAUGAGAUGCAAAAAGUAAACCUAAACUCUUAUCAAAACAAGAACAAUGCAAUUUUGCAUCCAUAGGGAAAAUGCAUGCAUUUAAAUUAAACAUUAAAGUAGAUAUAAUAGUUCAGGUCUACAGGACAACGCUCACGUUAGAGUAGACUGCCUGCAUGCGAGCUUCAACGGGCUAAAGAAGCACAGGAUCAAAACAAAGUUAUGAUGAUGUGACAAGGGUGAAACACUCUUAGCACUAAACACCUAAAUGGGAUGAAAUGAUUUUUAGCUCCUGUAGAAAGGUCAUCAAACAAUUACAGCAGUUUGACAGUUCGACAGGUGGAGUCAGCUCACUGCGAGGAAUCAAACCGAGGCCACUAACAACAGCAGCAAAGAGCGAAUCUCAACGUGUUGCCUCUGACAGCACUUUGGUCUGCUCUCACAGCGUCAGACAAACACCGCCGUGAUUGCAUCUCAUCCCACCCGCACACAGACUCUAUUAUUAAGCAUGUCAGAAAGUGUCUCCUCCACUCAGACACAAGUGCUUGUCUCAGCACUCGCUCAUGAGAAACACCUCCUUCUGAAAAACCUGCAAACUCAAAACAAGCUCAACUGGAUUGCAUAUCACCACUCCUGUGCUGUGUGAGUGCUGCUGGUGUUUUUCCUUUCUAUUAGAAAUCGUGGGUCAAAUCUGCCACAUUUUAAGACAUAAUCUAAAAAUAAAAACACAUCUCUGUCAGAAAACACCUACGAGAAACACAGCGAACUGUAGAAACGACCUCAUCUGUUUGUUUUUUUUGUCCCUGUCAGAGCAAAACAAGAUUGGAUAGAAGACUGUGCAACACUUUUAGGACUUCUGGAACAGCCCUCUAGAACAUAAUUGGAUUCUUGGUCUUUUUGCAGAUGGACUGAUUCACUGACACCGCAGAGAGUGAGGAGCAGUGAUGAAAGACGACGACAGAGAUGGAUAAGGGUGCCAUUCGGGGGGGGAACAGAUGAAUGACUUGCAUGAUUUAAAGCCCCAUCCCCCACCCCCAUCCAUCUCACGGAGCUCUGAUUAUUGUGGCCCCAUUGUUUUGCCAAAAUGAAGUGACUGGAAAGACGCAGUUGGAUCAAUCUGCGACAACAACACAGCCUCAGCCUGCAGCCCCUGAACGCAACGAAUAAGUGAUAAUGAGAGGUGUACGAGUGUGUGUUUCGUAACACAGCAACCAACUAUGUUAGACAUUCAGUGCAACUGCAUGGAGACAUCAGUCCACUCAGCCCAUGAAAAAUAGAAAAUGAAAAAGAGGAGGACACAAACCCCGAAUAAUAUAAAUAACUCACCUCACGUUUACUGCUGGUGCUCUAUGAAUCCAAACCCACCGUACAAUUAAGUGACACUGAGGCUACUACUGACUGUAGCAGUAACAGUAUGUAGUGUGUGUGUAGCACAGGACGGACUUGUGUUUACAACCACUUCAGUUUAAAUGUAUUCAGCUGCUCUGUGACCAGGUUACACUUCUUAUUGAUUUAAGGGGCAUUUAAAUCUCAAUAACUAAUAGUUCAUACUAAAUAUCUGUUUACUGCAGAGCUCCAAAGCAGCGGUUCCCCAGGCCAAAUAAUAUGUUCUCAGAGCACUUUUUAUUUUAAUGAUAACGAUUUAACAUUCAGGAUUGAACUAAUGAACUGAAAGCUUUAUUUAUUUAUUUAUUUAUUUAUUUGACAGGGGAGAGAUCACCUGUCGAUUCACCUUGUUGCUAACCAGCUGUACAUUUUGAUACUGGAUAUAAUCUUUUAAAUAGAAAACAAGUACAUGAUGUGGUCCGGCAACAAACGUAAAAGUUCCUGUUACUGGCUUAUCACACUGAUAGGCCUUAGUAUGAGGAACAAACAAAGAAAGGAGUAAACAUUUUUUAUGUUUUUGAAGAUCAUUUUGUUUUAAAAUAUUUAAAAACAUUAUUUAUAUUUUCAGUUUUUAUUUAUAUAAUAACAUUUUUUUUAUCAAAAUUGUACUGGAACCAAUGCUCUUAAGCAUCUGUGCGUGAGACUGGAUGUGGUACAGAUGUAGUCGAGUAGCUUCUAAAUGACAUCCUUGGAGAAAAUCUGCUCUUUUUUUUUUUUUUUUUAAGUUUUAUUUUUCAAGGAAUUGCUGAAAUCUGGGUAAAUCAAUAGUGGCUCAUCAACAAUAAAAACAUUUUGUAGGAGAAUAAAGAAAGAAAAGAUCUAAGUGAUGGACCACAGAAACACAGAUGGGAGAGUGGAAGCAGUGGCACGAGUUCAAAUGUAUUUAAAGAGAAGCAUGACGGAGUUGAUUAGAUUCAGCUCCCACAGUCCUAACGACUGCUCUGGACUAAUUAGCUCCCCUUCGUUGCUGUGGAAGGAGCCUGUGGGCUAAUUCAGGUCACAGGAAGCCGAUUUACACCAAAGACAUCUCACAGAACGAGAGCAAGACAUCUCACUCUGCCGCAGAAAGCAUGUCCUCUCCUCCACAGGGCCAAACACUCUGUGAUACUUACAUCGAGGCCCCCACCACACACACACACACACACUUAAAAGAGUACAGCACUUUUGCACCUUUGGGGAAGCAGAGCAGUAUCCACGGCAACAUCAGUCACAUGCUUCACCCACUGACAUACCAUAUACCAAACAUGGGGGGUUUUCAUCAUAACAUGGCUCCAGUGUCCCAAGGAUGCCAUUUAGAUGUCACUGCUAUUGUUGCCUAUCGACAGCCAUUAGCGGUGUGGCUACCUCAUGCUGUAACUGAAUUGAUGUCAACCUGGGAAGUCUGAGAGAUUUACGACCUAUACCUCUGAGGGGGGCUAAAAGAAAAGCACAAAUUUUAACUAAUUUUGAAGCAAGAAAAAAAAAAUUCACAUUGUGAUUUAAAUGGGUAAAAAAAACAAGUAGCAGCUAUUGUAAAUACAAUAUAGUGAUCUGCAAAAAAAUGACUAGCUCCCUUAUUAUUCAGGAAAAUGUGGUUUGGACUGAGUCUUUAAGCAUUAUGAUACCCUACUUCCAUGCCAUUGAAUUAUUGAUUUUCUAUGGCUGUUUUAUAGGGCAGUGCUUUUACUCACGCAGGGACUUCUUGACGUAAUCAGAUAUACGCAUAUAUACAUAUAUAUGUAUAUGUAUUGGAUAUAUAUAUACUAUAAGGCAACAGUAAAGGCUUCCAGAACUGACGGUGUGAUAGAAAUAUCAGGUUGAUAAGUAGGUUAGAUUGGCUAAUGACAAGUAUAUUGUCACAGGAUCUACAAUUAAAUAUUAAGCAAUAUUGAUGAUAAUGGCACUGAAACAUAACGAACACAACAGGGUGGAGAGAGGAAUCUGACAUAGCACAUAUCUCAGUAUUGGCCACUCUUAAUCAUCCUUUUUUUCACUGUUGUAAAUAUUUAAAAUAUGUGAUCUGCAUGUGUAUAGUGUGAAAAUACUAAUAUGUUUCUUACUGCAAGGCUUAUGCAAGAUUUUAUACUAUUAAAACGCUGCAUUGAUCCUUUAACCACAUGUCCACAGUAGGUAAGAAGUUAACACGUAUAGACUCAUGUGUUUUCAUGUGUGAGAUCCUUUCAUCAAAGUUUGCCUCAGCUGGGGUGUAGUACCGCUCGUUGCCUCAGGGGUGUCCUCUUUCACACAUCAGUGUUAUAAAACCAGGUAUCCUCUCUUAUAUUUACAUCCUGUCUUCCAAGACCAAGAAUAAGAUUAAAAUUAGGAAUAAAAAUAAGGAUAAAAUAGCAGAAAACCAACAUGCAGUACAAUGAUGUCAAAAAUGCCAAACAGUUGCUGUAUGUAGUUGGUGAGGCAGCAAAUCAACGGCAAACCAUUAGGGUCAAAUCCCAGCGCUUAGUUAAAUAUAAACUUUAGUCGAAGUAGCUAAUGUGGGAAAAAAAGGUACAUGUUUUAAAGUACUUGGAAAACAUGCACAUGUGUUUGCUGCCUUGCCAGGAACUACAACUCCAGGAGAGUGUUUAGCCUAGCGUAGCACAAAGACUGUCAAAAGAGGAAAUAUACUCCUUCAAAAUGUUUCUGUUCACAUGUUGUAUGCUGUAAGCUAGCAAGGGGUUGUGCUUGGUCCAGUCGUGCAUCUUGGAUGGAGGCAGGUUAGCUUUCCAGUCUGCUUCCAGUGUUUGCACUAAGCUAAACUAAACCAGGGACAAUCUUUCUGUUCACGUGUCGUGUGUUGUAAGCUAACGAGGGGUUUGGGGUUUUGUUCCGAGUUAGGAACGUGUGUGAAAGCUGUGAUUUUUAUCACAGCUAAAUCUGUGGUAUAUGUUUCCAAAGUGGUUAAAGAACCAUCACUUUAUAUUAAAAACACUUUACAAAAUGGCUAAACGGUUGCAAAGCCACUAUUGCUGGCAGUUAAAUCUAAAUAGAGUCUCUUCUUAACACCUGCAGUUGAUUCAGCUCAUUGAAACAAAUCUAGGAGUGCAGAUAACACUCUUGUACUGAUGGGUUGUAUAUAUAUAAUUCAUCCCAUUCUUCUAAACAUGGCUUGAAUGCAGGAUAAGGAAGCAGGAUAUUACCCAUAAUGUCUGGGUGUUCCUUUAAUAACCUGCAUAUUGCAGCUGUAGUACAUCUAUCGGGUUACAUUCAUCACAUUCAGGCCUGAGUAUCGUCCACAUGAGAAACACACAAAUAAAAGUUGCACACAAGGUUUUGUGUUCCAUGAAACCUGCUUAGAAACAAUGGCAACAGAUUCUUUCAGAUGAAUUAAUUCACAGUUUCUGGGAAAAAACACACUGUAUCGUGCUUUUAAAGAGGAUAUGAAAUGUUUCAUCCUAAGCAGACGUUAUAAAGCCGGUUUUGUAAGGCACUUUUGACUUCUGAGUCAGGGAGGGGUUACCAGCCUCCUUUGAAUCCCAGCAUGUGUCUGUGGGAAUAAUAAAACCGCAGGUUCAGGUGAUCACAGCUGACGUAAGCUUCAUGAAAGGAUUUCACUUUCUGCCGUUCAACCUCGGCCUGAUGUUUUCUGUUUCAUUACACAUCACAGCCACUAAUUCACAAAGCCUCUCAGAGCUUGAGUGCUGAUCCAUGUGUGGGCAGGGGGAGAUUUAAUACAAUGUUCUCUCAGUUCUGGUAGAUUCACAUCUCUGUUAAUCUUAUUGGUCUCUGUAAAAAAAAAAAGAUAUACUGAAAACCCCAUGAAACGAUGUCUGCAGCUUCGCAGUUUACUAAUACCUCCAAUCACAGAGUAUCAAAGGAACUUUCGAGUGCAGUUUCUGGCACUGAAAUCAAUUAAGCUUAAUUCAGUCCAGUGCGGAUCAGUGGCUUUUACUGUGCUUGAAUUUAAUCUUAUCUUUGAUUCAUAUCUGAUUAAUAGAAAACCACUGAUCUCUUGAUCUCUAUGAGGUACCGCUUUACAAUAAGACUAGCCUGUUUAUAACUAGUUUAUUAAUUGGCUUGUUAACACUUUAUAAAUGAUUUAUAAGCUGUUAUAACACAUUAGAUAAUAAGGGCAACAGUUUCCAUAUCGUUAGCCCAUAUGUCUCUGUACUGUUCAGCCUCAUAUCUUACUUGUUACUGAGCUUUCUUUGUUUUCUCCAUCACCAUGUUUGUACCUGCUGCUUCAUCAUGUUUGUUCAGUUACUAACAAUGAACCAGCAUCAGCGUCUUCAUGGUCAUUUGACAGAUCAAAUUAUGGCAGAUCACAUGAUCAUAUCAUCAGAUCAUACAUGGUAUUUUUUGUAUUUUUCAGUCCUCACCUGUAAAAAAAAAAAAAAAAAUCAUAAUUGAUAACCACCAAUAGGAUAUACUUUAUACAAGAACAUUGAAAAAGCUCCAAAAUACUUCUACAUCUUCAAGCUUCUAGGUCUAAUAGUUUAGUUUAAUGAGUCACUAUAAAGCUCCUUUUCCCAGUUAUAAAUGGUAGUAACUCAUUAGUAAGAUAAAUGAGUAGUAAGCAUAGUGAGCCUCCAUCAAUGUAUGAAAACUGUGUUAUAACUUGUUUAUAAUUGUUUAUUUAGCCUAUGAUUCAUAAAGUCUUAACAACCAAAUUAAUAACCAUUUAUAAAUCCUUUAUAAGUGUUGUCUUAUGAACAUUUUAUGACAACACUUUCAGAUCAGGAGAUUCUUUUGGACAACAGCACUCCUCUGGGCUACAGUGAAUUAUUGCACACGCAUUGCACCCUGUCUGCUUGAAAUGUGUUUUGUAGCCUCACAUCUGUCCCCACCAUGAUAAUAACCCCCCCAGCACCUAAGAAUGUUUUUUUUAUACAAAGGGGGGAAAAAAGAAGCAGUAUUCCUAGAAGUAAUCUAGAAAUUUUCCUAUAAUCAGUGUGUUUACUUUGGUAGUAUCCUACCUUUGGAGUAUCCUCAGAAAGAAAAAAAGAAAAAUCUCACUUCCUUUGAAUGAAUGAAUGAACAUGCUCGAGUACAUUUCAUGGUCAGAACCUUUUGUAGUAUCACAUUUAGCAUCAAUAGAUUAUUCUUGCUACUGACGUGCUUUGUAUUUGUCCUUCCUCUGAUAUUAUAGCCUAUAUCUGCUGUCCCAGACUAUACCUAAGAGUUAGUGUAACUGCAGCAUGCUGACCUGUAGAUUGCUUGUGGGACAGCAGGCGUGAUGCUGUUAGCUGAUAAUGAUAGUAAUAAUAUGACUUGCACUUUUCUGUACAGCCCGCCUCCCGAGUCCAUCCUGAUCUCGUCAUCGAUGUCUGGCUCCGGUUUCCCAUGAACCCUCCCUGACUCUAAAUAUCACCUUUCACUUGAUGGCAUUCAGACAGUAGCAGAGAGUGACAGUUAAAGGAGAAUACCAGUGUUUCUUUUUUAAACGGAUUUUAUUUCCUGUUAGGUUCUGCAUACAGUCAGUUCAGGGAAUAAGAAAGGCUGUUUUUCAAUAGCAAAAACUAUUUUCUACCAUUUAUUAUUGUAAAAUAUGAAAACAUGAAGCUUCCAUUUGGCUCAGUCAAACUUUGUUCCAACUAAAUAUAACUAAAAGUAAAAAAAAUUCACCUUUGCACAAACUUUUUCAUAUCAUUCAUGUUUUGUUUUUCUAUCUACAGUAUCUUUGCUCGGACAUGACAACUUUUGUAUUUUGCUGUAAAAUCAAUCAAAAGCAGUUUGACUUUUUAAUGACACUGGUAUUCUCCUUUAAUAUAAUCAUAAUAUAAUUAUAUAAUGUGCAUAGACUCCCAUGAAACUGGUGUCUAAAUAAAAGUAAAAAAAUAAAAUCAGAUUCUAAGCUUUGUUUUUAUACGUGGAAUAAAUGCUGAAUGCCAGAUGUUAUUUACAGUUUCUAUAAAAUCCCAAUAUAAAGCACAGACAUUCUCUUCAUUGUGAAGCAUGGUUCUGGUUUUGGGAAGCCCCAGACUCAGGAUGGCUCGAGGCUUAAGUAGAUGCUGUUGGUUUUAACUCAUGAUUCAGACAGGAGAAGUAUUGGCAUUGUCAAUAUUACUGCAGCUCAAUAACCUAAAAAAUUACCUUUUCCACCUGAUCUUGCACUGUAACUACAAUAAAAUAAUUUUAUUUUUCAUUUACAUUAUGAUAAUGGUUUUGAUUUUUAAAUGAUUAUAGAGGUUUGGGAGAACGUUUUGUCUCGUUUGUGUUUGUGUGUACUAUUAGAGAAACAUGCAGCUGACUGUUCGACACACACAUAAGUGAAAUCUGUAGUUGCUGUCUGGACAUUUCGGUUCAUUCAUCUGAGAGGCUACACCAAACUCUCUGCUUUUGGAAAUGAUGAGAGUAUGUGUCUGUAUGUUAAAUGAAUAUGAAUUAUUAAAACUAUUAAACAUUGAAAAUAAAGGAAACAAUGAUAACUUCUGAAAUAGGAUACAUAGUAAAAUAUGAAUAAUUCAUACAAAUAAAAUACAUACAGUAAAAACAAAUAAAUGCAAAAUAUAAAUAAGAAUGAUGAAAACAAAAAUGGUAAUAAAAGAAAAAUUAUUUCAAAAGGACACAACCAAACAAUAUACGGUUUUAAUAAGGUGAAAUGAAUUUUUUUUGAAUAAUAAAGUAUUUGUGAAAAAAUGUUUAUGAAUUAUGAAAGUAUGCUUGUGUCCAUAUUGGUCAUUUUUAUGGAUCAUUUUCAGCCCAACAUAAUCUUAUAUUUGCUUGUAUGUUUGUACAAAAGGAAACUAAUUUUCUUUGUUGUGUUGACUUAGUGAAAUCCAGUCCAGUUCUCACCGUCAAUCUGUCGCUGAUCAAAACAGUGUUUUCCUCAGGUGAGGUUGUAAGUGAAAAACACAGGUGCUGAGGAGGAAUUCUGGUCUGCUCAGUGGUUUGUCUGUUUGUGCGUGUCACUUUCAUUUUGAAAGAAAUUACAUGAAUGCUUCAAACCUCAGAGUUCAGAUUUCAUUUGAUCAUUUUCCAAAGCUGGGUAAUCAUUGACUUUUACAAUACUUCUGUGUCCUGCCAUGAACAAGCCACUUAUACCCUGUUGUUUGCUUGAAGAAUAAAUCAGUGGUUAUUUCUAUACUGGUACUAUGUAAGACCUUUUGGCAUCCUGCACAGACUUUUGUAAAGCUUCUCUCUUUUCUGUAAUGAAUGAAUAAUUCCAAUUAAAUGAAUUUUCAACAGA